AUGCCUGCAGCAGCAAAUCCUGGUGCAACAGCAACCACUGCUGCAGCAGCGACUCGACACAACACCCCCGCACGCACAGGGUGGCCCUGCCAGUGCCCUGCGGUGGGCCCCGAGGAGCUACCUGCGGACUCGCCGCUGAGGGCCCCUUUGGAGCGGGCGCCGACUGCAGACGAUCCCGAUCCCAGCGCGCUGGCCCUGCGGGACCUUCUUGUCUUUCCCUGCCCCCCUCUGGGCCCCAACUUGGCUGCCGCUGAUGGGGUUUGGCCUCCCCUCAAUGUGCGGCACCCGGCGGUCAAGCGGGGGGGUGGACCAGGCUGCCACUACAGCUACCGCGACCUGCCCAACAUGCUGUCAGGGGGAGACCUAGACGGCGACAAAUAUUGGGUGAUAUGGGAGCCCUUGUUAGUGCAGCCACUUUUGGAAAAUUGGAUUAAGGGUGCAGCUCCGGCCCCUGCAGCUGUGCACGAGCCAACCCCAGAAUGUGUUGGUAAGGAGGCCCUCAGCUGCAGCAGCAGCAGCAGCACCGACAGCAGCAGCAGCAGCUCCUGCAGUGGCAGUGAAGCAGAAGGCGACACUGAGGACGAGCCAUGGCCAGCAGAUUCUCCAACAGCAGCAGAGAAAGAGGGAAAAAUAGACGGGAGGCACGAAACUGCUUCGACAGCAGUAGCAGCAGAAGGAACAACAAUAGCUUCACCAGCAACAACACCAACUGCAGCAGCAACGUCAACAGCAACAAUGGACCCACAGGUGCCUUAUACGAUUGAGACUGAUGAGCGACAGGGAGAGAAGCACACAGCUGCACUGCGCACGACAGCAGACCAGAGGCCAAGAGGAGCUGAUGAUGGGCUUCAACUUGAAAUAUUCCAGACGGAAACAGUUGCAGCACCAACGGCUGAAGCAGCAGAAAGAGCAGCAGCAGCAGCAGCGACAGCAGCAACAGCAGCAGCAGAAGCAGUAGUAGAAGCACAAGAAGAAGCAGAAAUAGCAAAUGCCGAGCAGCAGGAACAAAGCCUUGGAGGAUAUUCGACUCCCCGCUCCCUGGAGCCUCCUAGGAAGCAACAGCAGGCCUUGGAUAUUAAAAGGGCAAAACACGCAAGGCCGCAGAGCCCCACUGCAGCAACAACAGCAGCAGCAGCAGCAGCAGCCGGAGGGGCGGAGACGCAGGCUCUGGCCCGGUACCUGCUGAAGGUGCAGAGGCAGUGUCAGUUAGGCAUCAUUGCGAAGAGCCACUUGCGCUUCUGCCACUUGCCAGUUUGUUACUACACAGAGGACUGGAAAAGGGGCAAGGCGAGCAGCGAGGGGGCUUUGGCCCUGGCAGAUCUUGCUGCUGCUGCAGUGGACGCCCCGAAGACGGGGAAGCAGGUGCUGCUGCGCAGCAGCCUGCGCUGCUUCCUCGAACCCCACUUCCUGGCCAGCCCAGACCACAGACAGGCAGAGUUUGCUGCAGUCAAUCUCCGCAGCAGAACUAAAAGCUUUGUCUCCUGCAGCAUUUUGGGCUGCCUCUACGACAGACUUGCCCUCAUCUUGCCCCCGCCGAGGCCCUGCCUGGCGGCAGUGGCUCUCCGCCCGCCCCAAGGCAGCCCGGAUCCGCGGCUGUUCUGCCCUGUGAGGGUCAAAACAGUCUGUGUGGGCUUUGAGUAUCGGCCCGAGGCUUUGCUUCCCUACAAGGGAGAGAGCCGAAUUUACUGUUUGCACAUGGAAGUGGCUCUGCCCCCUCUACUAGUGGGUGGGGGCCCCCCGCCCCCCGGCAGCAGUCAAGACGGAUUACCCCGCAGCAUUCUUACUGCCCUGCAUAUCUCAGCGAAAAACUGCAGGGCCUGCAUACGCACGCAGAGCCUCCCCCUCCCCAGCAGCAGCAGCAGCAGCAACAGCAAUAGCGCCAGUAGCAGCAGCAGUGGCAGCUGCAGCGCCCGCAGCAGCAAGUGCAGCAGCAGCUCGAGUGAGACCGGAUGCCUUGCAGGCAGAUCGAUAGCCGGAGCGCUUCCAGCGGCAGGAGGAGGAGCAGCGGCAACAGCAGCGCCAGCUGCUACUGCUGCCGCUACUGCUGCUGGAAGCUGCCUCCGAAUCCCUGUUAGCAGCCCCAACGCGCAGCAGCAUUCUCGGCCUUGCUGUGCUGUGCUGCACUCUGCUGCUGAAGCUUCUGCUUCGCUUCCCUAUCCUCUCCUCUACUGUUCCCUUAGCUGCGACCUCGGGCUUGCUUUGAAGGAUCCUCUGGCUGCAUGUACUGAGGUGGAGCUAGGAGGCAAGGCUUUGGUUCUGCUGCUGCUGCCGCUUAUGCUGGGACUUCUUUCCCUCUUCAUUGCGAUGGUCUUGCCUGCGACGAGUUAUGAUUCCGGCAUGCUUCUUGUUGCCCCUAUGCAGUUCAUAUGUGCUGCUGCUGCUGCUGCAACUCUUGCUGCAGUUGCUCUGGAGUACGUUUUAGCUUCUACUGGGGAGGCUGCAGUCAGCCCCGCUGUCUUCGGCCGUCCCACAGUGCUGCUUCCUCCUCAGCUGUGGGGUCCCGAUCGCUCUGCAGUGUACGUACACCUGCCAAGGCCUGCGGAGGACCUCCAGGCACUCCUUGAGGCUCUUAACAAGCAACUUCUGCUUCUGCUGCCGCCGCCUCAUCCCCCUUCUCCGCCGCUGCAGCAGCUGACUCUGCUUCCAGGCAGCAGCCAGCUGCAGCACGCAGUGUACAUUGGGACGCUCUCCAGCAGCAGCAGCAGUAGAAAUGAAUUGCUGUCUCCGAUGUUUGACAGAGGCAUUGGCACGGACUGCUGCUGUGUCCCUUCUGCUGCUGCCACAGAGGAGCCUCUGGCCCUCUUAUCCCUCACCCCCCACGGAGCUGUUUGGGAGGACUGGCAAGAAGCCCCUUGGCUGCAGGAGCUGCAGACUGAGGAUUUCCUGCUGCGCUGUCUCUCAUUCAGCCCUUUCAAGGGCCCCUACAGCAGCAGCAACAACAGCAGCAGUAGCAGCAGCAGCAGCAAAAGUGGUGAGAGGAGUGGGGAGGAGCUGCUGCAGCAACUGACACGCCUGGCCAGUGCAGCAGUAGCAAGCCAGCAGGAAAAGGCGCUGCAGCUGCGCCCGCAGCUGAGGCCGCGCCUGGACUGCUGCAGGCCUCUUGUUGCUGCUGCUUAUGCAGCUAAAAAGCCCUCGAAGAGGAGGCCUAGGAAUUUCGUCGUGCUCGAUCGCCCCCUGACAGGGCUGUGUCUUCGUCUGCUGCUGCUGCAGCUGCUGGCGAAACUGCCGGCCAGCAGCAAUUCGGGCGCGAGGGUGCAGCAGCUGUGGCGGGCCCUGGGGGUGCAGCUGCACUUGCCUCUGUUAGGCCUUUCUGCCCCAGGCCAAAGGCCCCUGGGAUCGACUUUGUACUCGAUCUCAGCCCUGGCUGACGGCGCCAUGGACGCUUUCGGCGUCAAGCUGCUGCUGCAGCACCACUGGAAGCACAGACGGCACCUGCUGCUGCAGCUGAACAACCAGCAGCUCCAGCAGCUGCAGCAGCAGCUGCAGCAGCAGCAGCGUCAGCCCCAGCAGCAGCGAGUCGCCCCGCAGGCAGCCAUAUGGGAAAUCGUGCGACGAGCAGCAUCACACAUUGCUCCGUCACAAGAGAGAGAGGCAGCACUGCCAAAGGACAUCAUUUGCAGCAGCAGCAGCAGCAGCAGUAGCAGCAAACUCAGCCGGGCCACUUUGGCGUUCAGCAGCGCAGCUUCUGCUUCUUCAUUCCUUCUGCAGCAGCAGCAGCAGCAAAACGGGGCCCCAGGGGGCCCUUUGCUGCUGCUGAGGCGGCUGCCGCUGCCCUUCGAGCUGAAAGUAAGCCCCCUGUGGCCGACCUGCCACUGGGCAGUUCGGCAGCAAGCGAAGGAGCUGCAGCAGCAGCUGGAGAGAGGAAGCAAGAAGACUCAAAAGCGCAGCAUUGCAGAAGCAGAAGAGACAAGGAAAGCAGCAAAAGAAGAUUUGUGGGGUUUGCAAAAGCCCGAAGCAGCAGACAGCUCAGCUCGCCCCCUCUCGCAGCUCCCCCUGUGGCACUUGAGGCGGCGAGGAAUUGACAGCCAAAGUGACCUCCUCGAGCUGCUGCAGCAGCUGCACCAGGGGGCCCUCCCGCUGCCUUGCUUCGCAGCAAGUUCGGCCCCCCGCAGCACCGGCGCCGCAGUCUGUUCUGAGGGCACCUGCUGCAGCGGCGGGGAGGCCCCUUCAGGGUACUUCGAGGGGGCCCACCGCCAAGGUCCCCCCGAACUGGAGCUCGACCUAGACCUGAUCUCGUGGUGCCCUGAACGGCUGCUGGAGUUCGGCGGGGAAGUGGGCAGGCUCAAGAAGGCGUGGGACACAAGACUGCAGCAGCUGCUGCUGCGCUUUGGAGUUCAAGAUGAAGCUGCGCUGCUCUCGGGGCUCUGCGACAGUGAGGCCUCCCCCGCGCUCAGGUCUGCCUCUGUUGGCUCCAGCUCUACUGCGCGUGUGGGGUGUCUUUGUCUUUACCUUUUUGAUUUAUUUUUAUUUUCAUUCUCUUUUCUGGCCCCCCAGAUGCGUCUCAGCAUGGAGGCUCUUUGCAGCCACUUCUGGCCUCUGCGCUUCUUUGGAAAAUCUCUAACAACCGACCAAAAACGAAUUGUGGCAGUGACAGCCUACUACUUCUCUUACGUGUCCCAAGGGGCUCUCGAGGGCUUCUUGGCAGCAGCAGGGAGGCCCCCUAGCGGCCAGGGAUGCCCUCUGCAGCAGAACCUGCAGGAGGGUUCCUCAGGGUCCUCCGCAGGGACCCCAGAGGCCUCCCCAGAACCCCUCGCAGGGCCCCCACUGCUCACGAGGAGCGAGCUCAGGGCCCUGGAGGCCCUGGGCAUUCUGCCCUCGGCACAGUUGGGGGACUCUCCAGUGCACAGCAGCGGCGCAGCAGCAGACAGCAGCAGUGCAGCAGCAGAGAGCAGCAGCACAGCAGCAGACAGCUGCAGCACAAUCGAGACGCCCAGGAGCCCGCAAGGACUCCUAGAGCAGCUCAACAAGGGGCCCCUCCAACACCCAAAUGGCAGGCCCCAGGAGCCAGACAGCGCGGGGGACAUUUCGGGGGCCCCCUGUGGGCCCCAGGCUACUCAGGGAGGAAGCUCGCUAGGAAACACUUUCCAGCCUGAGGAGCAGCAGCGUGAGCAGCAGCAGCAGCAACAGCAGCAGCAACAGCAAAGUCCGGGGCAGCAGCAGCACUUCUGUUCUUUUGCCUGGAUGCUCUACCCCAACGAGCUUAAAGACAUAAAGGCUCUCACGCUCGCCGCAGCCGCGCUCCAUGAGCCCUAA